UAAAGAAUAAAAUAAGAUGCACAUAAAUUUGUUAAGAAGGCCUUUUUUCUUUUUCUUUUUUUAUUGUUUCGUAUCUUUGAUAGUGAACUCAACAACUAUUUGUUGUAUGAAAGUAAAGUAAUUCAUUUCAAUACAAUACGGAUUAUUAGAACUAGUACUACUAGUACUACUAUUACUAUUGCCUUUGGCAACUAUUCAAUUUAUAAAGAGCAUUCACAAUCAGAUAUCAGAAUAUCAGAAUAAAAGAACUAAAAUAAAAAAUAGGAAUUUAUUGAAUCAACAAGAUGGAAAAUCGUCGUGCAUUAAUGAAAUCUACUGAUAUGCAAGGACCAUUACAGAAAAUUGUUGUAGACACAUGUGUGGUAGCUACGGAACAAUAUGAUGAAGAAAGAGAUAUUGCAGCUUAUGUUAAGAAACAUAUGGAUAAAUAUGAUGGUGGUGUUUGGCAUUGUGUGUUAGGCAAGGAUUUCGGAUGUUAUGUAUCACAUUUGGAUGGAUACUUCAGUUACUUUCAAUUCCAAGGGAAAUCAAUGAUUGUCUAUCGAACACAAUAAAACGAAGGCCUACCUUAUUAACAUUAUUACUAUUAUUAUUUUUAUUGUCAUUAUACAUUAUGUGUAUACGAUUUAAAUACUGAUAUUUCUGUAUUCCCCUCUGUAUAAAUGUAUUUUAUAUAAUUAAAAAGGCUUAACAAUGGUAUAAAAAGGUAUUUUUAAUGAUAUUCACGUUCACACUCUUCUCUUG